GCCACCACACCCAGCUAAUUUUGUAUUUUUAUUUUUGUAGAGAUGGAAUCUUGCCAAAUUGCUCAGGCUAGUGGUGAACUCCUGGCCUGAAGUUGGCCUCCCAAAAUGCUAGGAUUACAGGUGUGAGACCCUGAACACAGCCGUUAUUUUUAUUUUAAAAGAUCCCUCUGGCUACUGUAUGUGGACUGGACUUGAGGAAAGAGAUGAGAACAAAAGUGAAAAUAGGGGAUAUUACAGAAGUCUGCUUUUGGUGGGAAUGAUUAAGUUCCAUUUUAGUCAUGCUGAGUUUGAUUAUCUAUGGGACAGGGACAUGGGGAGAGGUCUAGCAGACAGCUAUCUGAAAGCACUGGAGAGAUGUUAGGUAAAUUUAGAAGUUCUCUAGAGAAAGACAAUAUUAAAGUUGUGUGAAUUGCCUCAGGAGAGACCAUAUGAUUAAAUACUUAUCCUGACAUGUUCCACAGAAGGUUAUAGUCUAUAUUAUAUGCAUCUGAUUACAUACAUUGGAAGGGGGUAAGAUUAAAAAACAAAACAAGAUGGGGCAUAAAAGUGACAUAAGUGUUUAUGGUAAGAAGAGAUGAAAUGGGGACUAAGGUCAGAUCUUGAAGAAUCCUUGAUUUAAGGGAAUGGUGAAAAAGAAUGAUUAAAAACAGUAGAUGUAGAGAGGGAAACCAUGGCAGUCUAAUGUGGGGGGAAAAGGACAGGGAAAUUGAGAGUUUGGUGCAGAGAAAGGUAGACAACACUGCCACAAGUUGACCAGGUUUAGCAGGAUGAAGCCUGAAGUCAUUGAGUGUAAGAAGACAUUGGUGACCAUUGUGAAACAAUGUCAAUAGGGAGGUAGAGAAGAAAGCUGGAUUGCAGUGGGCUGAAAUCUGACAGGAGAGAAAGUGGGCAAUGAGUAAAUACUAGAGAGGUUUAUUUGUAGAAAAUAGGAAUAAAGUGGGGAAAGCGUUAUUUAUGAAAAGUUAUUUUUUUCCAAUGAGUGAAACUUGAUCACCUGAGUAGAAGGGGAUAAUGCAGAAGGGGAUGUGGUUAGUGUUAGAAAAGGAUAAAAAUAUGUCAUAAGCUUGGUUGAAUUCCUACAAGGUGACAUCUACAAUGCUAGGUAGGCACCGUCAUACUUGUUUUGGCAUUUAAUCCACACAGUAUUCCUGUUACUGCUCACGUGUUACAAAUGAGGAAACAAGCAACCUGAGGCAUACAGCUUUUAAGUGGCAGAGUGUGAAUGAAAUCCAGUUCUCUAAUUCUCCUCUGUGAACCCUAUAUGGAGAGCAUAGGUGAAGACACAGAGUCAUUGUAGGAGAGAAGAAGAAAUUGAAUGCAGUGAAAUGAGAAUGAAUCUAAGAUACUAGGAGAUUAACUUGCUCAGUAGUGACAUGGAGCUACAAUACUUCCUUAAUGCCAGCUAGGGACAAGAUUCCAAGUAGUACGAUUUCUUUUUCAGUGUUCUUUUUCUUGAGGCCUAAUAGUUACUUUUGGCCUGCCUUUUGCAUGUAUUGUAGAUGAUUUGCUGCAUUCCUAUUGCAAAAGUGAAAUUUGCUUGUUAUUUGAAAUGAGAUACUGAAUAUGUAAAUUAAGAACUUAAACUUAAGGAAAAGUGAAGCUAUUGAAAUUAUAAAGACAGUUAUAACUUUGUCAGCUAUCUUCUCCCUCUAGGCUAUGUUCCUAUCUUGGAGUAAAGUCCUGGGAGUUAAUUAAGGCAUUUUAUUAAGGCUGUUAAUUUCAGAUCAUUUAAGUGUUUAUAGUAAGAUUAUUUAUAUAGUAAGAAAAGAUUACUUUUCCUCCGACAAAAGUAAAUACAGUGGUAAUGUGUUUUGCUUAUGUUCUAAGAAAAUGUGUCCAUUUAUUUUGAUAGAAUUUUUGUACAUAAGAAAAGUAUUUGUGCUAUUGUGUUUCCUAGUUUAUUCAGUCUUUGACUUGGAAGGAUAUAUUAUCCUGUCUUAAUAAUGGCAGCUGAAGUGCGAAUGGUACUUUAUGAAGAUGAUUCAGUACAGGUACAAUAUGCUGAUGGUUCCAAAUUGCAACUUUCUCCCUGUGGCUCUGAAUUUUUAUUUGAAAAGUCACCUCCUGUUUCAGCACAUCCUUUAGAACAACCAGAAAGAAUUCGCCAAAGGACGCACUUUGUUAUUAGCACUUACCGCGAACAACUAGAGCGAGCCCUAGAUUUUCGAAAUUCUUCAGCUGCUCACCCUUUUUUAUCUGAAAAUAUCAUACCUGCUGAAAGAAAAAAGCAUAUUUUCAUUGACAUCUCAGAAGUGAAAUGGCCCAGUCUUGAUGCAGAUGGUAGCAUGAUAUGUCUGGAGAAUGGCACCGUGAAGAUAACAUCUUUAGAUGGUCAUGCAUACCUUUGCCUGCCCAGAUCUCAGCAUGAAUUUACAGUGCAUUUUUUGUGUAAAGUUAGCCAGAAGCCAGAGUCAUCUGUAGUAUCGUCAUCCCAAAAAGACAAACUAGUUGAAAAAACUGGCAAAAUCUAUACAUUUGGAAAUUUAUCAAGACAGAGACUGAAGAAUAAAGAAAAUGAACUUUAUUGCCACAUCAUGAAAUCCAAAGAACCUUUAAAGAAGAUGAGUUCUGUAAAUGGAACUGAAGGGAAGGAAGAGCUGCCUUCACCUGGUACCAAGCACACAUGUGUAUACACAUGGAUAAAGCAACACUGGUCUGUGGCAGCCUGUCCAGAGGAAUGGAAAUAUCCUUUGUCUUUAGCUCUUCAUUUUCAUACUAAAGUUAGCAGUAUGUCUAAAACUGAUGCAGAUAUCACCCAGAGUAGAAUUUUAACUUCUGCUGUUUCAGAGGAAAGAGGAAAAGAGGUUUCUGUUCUUCCUAGGGCCUUGUUACUCAGCUGUCCUGUCCCACACCUGCACAGGUGGAAUUUUUGUAAUUCACUUUUACAGACACAGUCUGAUGAAGAAUAUUCCUACCCUGAACUAGUGAAAGUGGUUUGGUACAAGGGUGUUACAUAUAGACUUACCCAUCAAAAUAUGAACUCAAUAGAGAUUUAUCCUGGAGAUGGAUCUAUUUUAAAAUCAGAAGGCGCUUAUUUGGGGAACUAUUUUACAUAUUGCUCCAUUCAAGAAGGAUCAGAAGAGAGAGAAGAGAAAACUUAUUCAGUAAAUAACCUUCCUCCAGAUAGACCAGGAAGUUUGUUUUCUGUGUGUUCUCUAAUUAAGCAAGCAACCAGAAUUCUUCAACACUGUGCGAAGAUGAGACUCUCUUUAAGCCAUAACUAUUGUGUAUGCUGCUGGAAAAUGGUACCUGGGAUAAAUGAGAGCAAUAUAUUGCCUUUGCGUUUGAAAGAAUCACUCAUACCCAACGUGGGAAGAUUUCUUGCCUACUCUGAUGACAAAGUACAUGCUAUCUUUUUAGAUGGCAUUAGUCUAACUCUAAGUUGGAAUUUCAGCUCUUCUAUUGAAAAGAGACAGGUAAAUCGAGGUCUUAGCUUAGGCUGGUGUAAGUUAACUCUUCCUGAUGGACAAGAUCAGUUAAUUCAAAUUGAACACCCUGGACCAUAUGAAAGAUAUGUGACAGCAGUAAUAUCAUGGUGCAGAAGGCUGACCCUGACUAGUCCCAGAGAGAUGCCUACACAUCCUUCAUCUUCUGUUCUUCAAGAAAAUUGGUCUGUUGCUUCUGAACUUGAAAAAAUACAGAAGUUUAACUUGCUCCUGGAGAACAGCGGUGUCCUAAACCAGAUUUCUAAUAAGAAAAACGAACUGUCUUCUCAUCAUUAUAAACCAAGAUCUACAGAAACUUUGCUAGAAGAAAUUAAUGAAAAGAGAGUAUCAGUAGCAUUGAAAAAAACCUCUGAAAUCCUUCAGGAUAUUGACUGUCUUCUAUCAAACUCUAAAAAGUGAAAAAUGGAAUUAUUAUAAUAUGUUAUUAAAUGUUAAAAGUGUUGUUUCAAGUGACUGGUAUAAAAUUACUAGUAAGCCAAGAAAUUCUAUAUAUUACUUCUGCACAGCUAUUGUAUGAGACUUGACAUUUAAUUUUGGAAGUGUUUUACCUAGUUUGUAAAGUUUUAAAAUAUGUUUGUAAUAUAUUGUAUUAAUAAAGAACUAUUUUGAAAUUUUGAAC